AUGCCUAUUCUUCGAAAUCCAUUUGCAAGGAGACAGGACGUUCAGACUGGUUUACAGCCAUCUCAAGGCGAUCAGAAUGGCUCUCCUCGCGCUUCUUUCGAACGAGUUUCUACAGUAGCAUCUCGAGCAUCUUCGCUGAGUAUCAAGACGGCAAGGAGUGAAGAACCCCCGGAAUAUAAAAUGAGUGUUCCCAAGCCUUCUCCACCCGAAAAGAAAAGCUUCUGGCCUCGCAGCAAAAGCAAUCUUUCUGCAACCUCAAUCAAUACCCGAACGACAUCAACUGAUGAGAUUGAUCCUUUUCCAAUCUCAAGAGAAUCGUUUGAUUCAUAUAGAAGAUCGUUUGAUAUCUCAGCUAGAUCACCUAUAAGUCCCAUUGAUGGACAGGGCGGACGACAAAGUCUUGAUUCCGCAAGGUUACCUCGGAUGCAACGAUCUGCCAUUGGUGAUAGACGAUUCGAUAGACAGCCAGCCAUGGCCGAGGAAAGAUUUGAAGAUGUAGGGUUAAAUGAUGUCGCCAAUGACUCCACAAAACAUGUCAAGAAGAAGGGCUUCUUCUCGAAAUUCGGCGACGAGGCACUCCCAUCAUUCCACUUGCCAGGAAGGAAACGUGGUCAAAGUGGCACAGGAGAAGAGCUUGGGAAUAUCCCAAAAUCCGGCAUUGCCACUCCCAAGGUCGACGUGGAUGAGGUUCGCUAA